CCGCAGGCUUCUCCCUCCUCGGGCCUUGACGCCUGCCCUUCCCCUCACGUGUUGGGCUCCUGCCUCCGUCCCAGCCCCUUCCCCACAGCAGCCACAGUAGGUCCAGGCCAGGUGGCCGCCUUCCACGCAGCGCCAUGCUGUGCUCCCUAAAGGCGGUGGCCCUGCUCCCAUUGGCCUUGGUCAUCUGGUCCUCCGCCGCCUUCAUCAUCUCCUAUGGGGUGGCAGUGCUCAAAGGACACGUCGACCCACUCCUCCCAUUCAUCAGUGACAUUGGAACAACCUCCCCAGAGAGUUGUAUCUUUGGAUUUAUGAUUAACAUUUCAGCAUUUCUUGGCACAGUCACAAUCUAUCUAAAAUUUAAAAUGGUAAAGAGACAAACUGAAACUUCACAUUUCAUUAGUCCCAUGUUUAACAUCAUUUCAACGAUUUUUGGAUUGGUGAGCUGUGUUGGAAUGUGCAUUGUUGCAAAUUUUCAGGAGUUGGCUGUGCCAGUGAUUCAUGAUGGUGGUGCAUUAUUGACUUUUGUCUGUGGGGUCAUAUAUGUCAUACUUGUGACAAUUAUUUCCUGCAAGGCAUGUCCACAAUGGAGUCUUUUUUUGAUCAGUGUCAUCAGGAUUAUCAUCUCUGUUGUUUCAUAUAUAGCUGUUGUCCUCUUGAUUGUAGGUGCUGCACUGAUCUCCAUAAUCAACCUCAAAUUGAAUGCAGGGACAAAGGUAAUGUUUUGCAAACUAUUUGGACAAAGAAGAUAUAGGCCUGGAGGAAAGUUGGGUGGAAAACAGGGCAGUUCCCCUGAACCUAUAAGAACAGUGACUUCAUUUUGGACAAGGCAGCGACCUGAGGUGCAACAGCAGCAGGCGUACCUGAUUCAUCAUAUCAGUGCCAUCAGUGAGUGGAUAGUGGCAUUUAGCUUCUUGCUUUUUUUUCUAACCUUUAUCCCGGAGUUCCAGCGCUGGGGAGAAAUUACGUAGACGUUAGCCCAACUGGUGCCGGAGGACUUCAGAAGCCAUGAUCGGCCUGCCGUGC